AUGGCCCUCGAUUUACGCAAGUUUCCGAACGUGCGACUAGCUACCAAGUGAGACGAUAGUGUCAGGAAAACACUGAACCAUGUUGCUCUAAGUUUUGACCUGUGUUGAACGGGGGAGGAAGAGGAGGAGGAGGAGGAGGUCAGCAGUGAAGGCAGGCAGGAAUUUGCCACAGCUCCUUUUAGGUGGCCCUUUAAGCGCGAAGCCAUGGGCAACACAGCCACCAAGUUCCGUAAGGCUCUGGUGAGCGGCGACGAGGCCCUGGCCUGGCAGCUGUACGAGGGCAACCCUCAGUUCAGGGACGGCCUGGACCCGAAUGCGUCGUACGGAGAGCAGUACCAGCACAACACACCACUGCACUACGUCUGCCGCCAUGCCAUGACCCGUCUACUCAGGUCCUUUUUGUUCAGUAAAGAGGGGAACCCUAACAAGCGUAAUGUGCACAACGAGACGUGCCUCCAUGUGCUGUGCCAAGGCCCACAGAUCCUACUGCUGCCAGAGGGGGCGCUGUCACCACGACUGGCCCGACCCCAGAGGGACGAGCAGCGCCGUGCAGACUGUCUGCAGAUGAUCCUAAGCUGGACAGGGGCCAGGCUGGAAGGAGGCCAGUAUGAGAAGGCCAAUGUCAACGCCACUGACAACCACCACAGCACCUGUCUGCACUACGCUGCCGCUGCAGGCAUGAAAAGCUGCGUGGAGCUGCUAAUCCAGAGCGAGGCGGACCUUUUUGUGGAGGAUGAGGGCAAGCUGACGCCAUGUGACCAUGCCGAGCGGCAUCACCACACUGAGCUGGCCCUCAGCCUGGAGUCACAGAUGGUUUUCUCCUCCUCUUCAGCUCAGCAGUCAAACACAGACGCACAUGGUGAAACCAACCUGCUUCAGUACAAGGAGCCUUAUGAGGGACUGAAGCUUCAGGACCUGCGUCGACUGAAAGACAUGCUGAUCGUGGAGACGGCAGACAUGCUGCAAGCUCCCCUCUUCACUGCCGAGGCCCUGCUCCGAGCACAUGACUGGGAUAGAGAAAAACUUCUGGAGGCUUGGAUGUCAGACGCUGAAGGCUGCUGUCAGCGCUCAGGCGUGAUCAUGCCCACCCCUCCACCCAGCGGCUAUAACGCUUGGGACACCCUGCCCUCACCCCGCACUCCCAGGACCCCUCGCUCACCUCUCACACUCACCCUCACCUCUCCCACCGACAGCUGUCUCACACCUGGCGAGGAGGGCCUGGCUACGUGUGGAAUCUGUCUGUGCUCCAUCUCAGUGUUUGAGGACCCAGUGGACAUGUCCUGUGGCCACGAGUUCUGCAGAGCCUGCUGGGAAGGGUUCCUCAAUGUUAAGAUUCAGGAGGGUGAUGCUCACAAUAUCUUCUGUCCUGCUUAUGAGUGCUACCAGCUGGUGCCGGUGCACGUGAUAGAGAGCGUGGUUUCCAGGGAGAUGGACCAGCGAUACCUUCAGUUUGACAUCAAGGCUUUUGUUGAAAACAACCCAGCCAUCCGCUGGUGUCCUGCAGCACGCUGUGAGCGAGCGGUGCGGCUUACCCGCCCAGGCCCCGGGGACAGUGACCCACACAGCUUCCCCCUGCUGCCCUCCCCAGCUGUCGAUUGUGGCAAGGGUCACCUCUUCUGCUGGGAGUGCCUUGGCGAGGCCCAUGAGCCAUGUGACUGUCAGAUGUGGAGGAACUGGCUCCAAAAAGUCACAGAGAUGAAGCCUGAGGAGCUAGCAGGUGUGGGCGAGGCCUACGAGGAUGCUGCUAACUGCCUGUGGCUGUUGACCAACUCCAAGCCGUGUGCCAACUGCAAGUCACCCAUUCAGAAGAAUGAGGGCUGCAACCACAUGCAGUGUGCCAAGUGCAAGUAUGAUUUCUGUUGGAUCUGUCUGGAGGAGUGGAAGAAGCACAGCUCAUCAACAGGAGGCUACUACCGCUGCACUCGCUAUGAGGUCAUCCAACAGCUAGAGGAGCAGUCCAAGGAGAUGACUGUAGAGGCAGAAAAGAAGCACAAAAGUUUUCAGGAGCUGGAUCGUUUUAUGCACUAUUACACUCGCUUCAAGAACCAUGAACACAGUUAUAAGUUGGAGCAGAAACUGCUAAAAACAGCUAAAGAGAAGAUGGAGCAGCUCAGCAGAGCCUUCAUUUGCCGUGAAGGCACUCCUCCAAACACACGGUUCAUCGAGGAUGGCGUGUGCGAGCUGCUGAAGACGCGGCGCGUGCUGAAGUGCUCUUACCCAUACGGCUUCUUCCUGCAGCAAGGCAGCACCCAGAAAGAGAUAUUUGAGCUCAUGCAGACGGACCUGGAGAUGGUAGUGGAAGAUCUGGCCCAGAAGGUCAACCGGCCGUACCUGAGGACUCCGUGCCACAAGAUAAUCAGUGCCGCUCGCCUGGUCCAGCAGAAGAGGCAGGAGUUCCUGGCAUCAGUGGCUCGUGGUGUGGCUCCAAACGACUCUCCCGAGCUUCCCCGCAGGAAUUACCCUGGAGGAUCAUGGGACUGGGAGUAUCUGGGCUUUGCCUCCCCUGAGAUGGGGAGUCGCCACUCCGUACUGGGACCAGGAGAUCAAAGGGAGAGACAGUCACAGGAUUAUGCUGACAUCCAGUACCGUCGUAGACACAGGCCACGGCGCAGAGGAGAUAUGCUGAGUCUGCACAACCUGAGAAGCAGCAGCAACACACCAGAGACCAACAGGAGGAGUGACAGCACAGAGGGUCCAGAGAGGAGCGAGGGCCGCAGGAGAGCGCUGGGCUCCCUGGACGAAGACGAUCCGAACAUCCUGCUGGCCAUCCAGCUGUCGCUUCAGGAGUCCCGCAGAGAGCGAGGCCUGGAGGGGGGUAUGGAGAGAAGCAUGGAGGGAAGGGUGGAGCUGGAUCGCGGACUGGACAGGGGACAGGAGAGGAGACCGGGUCCUGCAGGAGACCUGGGUGACGUUGCGUUGCACUCUCUCAACAAAGACGGUCCCCCAGGAGCCAGAGGCUCAUCCUUUCCGACUUCUCUCCUAGAUCCUCCUCGUCCCCCAAACAGGACAGACUCCACCUGCCAACCUCCCAUGCCUAAUUCUCUCCCCCUCCCUCCCCCACCUCCCUCUCUCAGUGCGGAGCUGCUGGAGCUGGGAGACAGCCUUAUGAAACUAGGGAACAUAACCACUCCUUAUGACCUAGACACACACACACAGGAGCAGCUCUGCUCACACCACACAUACAACCACAGUGCUCUCUCUGCUUCCUACACCAUGGAACCUGCUUACAGCGACUGCAGCCAUAGACCAGACCCAGGUGCACUGAACACCCCGUAUGUGCUCGACCAUAUCACCAUCACAGACCCUCGCUACGACAGUAAAGAGCAGAAUUACUGCCACACAAGUACUUAUUUGGCUGAGGCUGAACAGACUGCCUCUUGCGCACUUGAACGUACCCAAAACCCCGCCCAUCCUAGUUUAUAUAACCAGGAACACGCAGCCACGUACGACAGCACCCCAAAACCAGACAGCUCUUAUAACCCUUGCCCAGAACACAGUAGCUCUUACACUCAAGAGCGUCCUGCCCUCUAUGCUCUUGACCAGCCCCCUAAGUCAGACCCCCAGCCCCUCGCCCAGUUGUGCCUCCCUUCUCCAGACCUCGAGCCGGAGCUGCUGCUUUCACCAGUCAUCCCCCCAGGGGGGCCUUUCACCCCCAGCGACCCUCAGAGUCUGGAACCCCUGGACCCCACAACCAGUGCCCAGCUGCUGGACAACAUUAUGGCCUGGUUUAACCACAACAUAAACCCCCAGAACAACCCCCAGAGCCUGGCUCUCAUUCCCUCCCCACCCACCACAGAAACCGACUCCUCGCCCGACACACACACCGAGACUGAGUCAGAGAGCCAGACCUCCAGGGACGUAACCCCUGCCCCGAUCUGGCAGCCCCUGGAGGGCGAGCCAGAGGUGGACAGAGGGUCUGCGAGCCCCUGUCAGGGUGCUGCGGGCGUGGAGGGCCAGAAGAGGCCUUGUACUUUGGAGCUGGAAAACAGAGAGGCUGGCGAGGAGGACGUGGACGCCGGGUGUGUGGCUGAUCUGUCGCUGGACGAAGCGCACACACACCCAUGCUCACACGCCCAACAUGGAAACAGUCCCACACACACUGCCCCAGCCACAGAGACAGACUUAGACCUCGUGCUUCAGUUAGAGGGGGACCAAUCACCUGAGGAAUGGGAGGAGCAAGUUCACUUAGUGUGAAAGAAGGAUGUUGAGAUAGAAGGUCUAGCCAAGUCCAGAUUCAGAGUCAGUUUAAGAGAUGAACCUGAGGAAGGAAAGAAAAUCAAAGACUGGGAAAACGAGAGAGCAACACUGAUGGAAAAAUAUAAGAUAUAGUGUCUUUGGGGGUAGAGUGUUUACUGUAUGUAUUAUACUGUAUCUAGAGAGGACAUAAAGCCCUGCGGACUUUGUCCAGUAAAGAUGAUGUCAUAAGCAUUUUAAUUAUUUUUUUUAAGUGCUUUUGUCUGCUGUAAAAACAGACAAACCAUUCUAUGAAACAAAUGUGUUUAAAACCAAGUACAUCAAUGGAAAGCUACUGAUAUCAUAACACAUAAAAUGCUGCACAUGUUUUAUUUUAUUUAUUCCCCACCCUCCUGUAUGGUCUUCUUAGUUUGUUCAGGGUGAAGUUUUGGUGCUGAUCAUGCUGAAAUACAAACUUGCCUCGUACGCACCCCACCAAGCUCUUACGAGUUGGCCCACACUUUGUUAACACACACCGACCCAACCACGAGCCUAUCUGGAGCUCCGAGAGCCAAAUAACUGUAACCUUGGAGCUUGUUUAGCGUACUGUACAAUCAGAGGGCCUGAUUCUGUUUUUUGGACCUUCAUGCACACUGUGCCUGCUUUAGAGAGCCAACACACUACUGAUGUUUCCCUUUUUGGUGCGCUGCAAAGAAAAGAGACGAUACACCUGUCCGCUCAGUGAACGUCACACUCAUGCUUGUUGGAUUUUAUGACGGUUAUGAUUCUUUUCUAAAACUCCAGUGAUCGCAGGAGAGAAACGGUCAGAGGUCAGUCUCCACUACAGAGCAGCGCCCACACAUUUGGUAGGG